AUGCAAGAAUCCCACCCCGAUUUCUACACCUACCCCUUCUCCUUUACGAAGACGCUGAGGAGGGAUCCGUAUCCGUUUGUCGCCGCUGAGAAACCGGGAAAUUCGGCGGGGGGGAAGAUCAUCGUUGUUACGGGGGCGGGGAGCGGGAUUGGUGCUGCCGCAGCAAAAGUCUGGGCUCGUGCAAACGCAACAGGCAUCGUAAUAAUCGGUCGUCGCCUUCCAGAGCUCGAAAAAGUCAGAGAUGAGAUUGCAGGCUUGAAUAAAGAAACAAAAGUUCUAGUUGUAAGCGCUGAUAUAUCGAUCGAAGAAGACGUGAAAUCCCUCUUCGCGAAAAUCCAAGAUACCUUCGGCCGCGGCGCAGAUGUGCUGUUGAAUAACGCGAGCGUGCUUAACGAUGGGAAGAAAUUCGGAGAGGGGAGUUUGGGGGAGUGGUGGAGUACUAUUGAUAUCAACACCAAAGGCACGGCGUUGAUGAUCCAUUAUUAUAUCAACAGCCAGCCUGAUCCGAAGAAUCCCGUGGGCACUGUGAUCUGUGUUCUCUCUGCGCGAGUAGGGUUCACGAUGCCGACGGGCUCGGGGUAUAAUGUGAGUAAAAUGGCGACGCAGGUUCUGGUUGAGCAUGUGCAAGCUGAGUACCCCACCCUCCGCACCUUCACAACCAUGCCCGGCGUCGUGCUCUCGGACAUGACAAACGACUACUGGAAGACGUACGCGAAAGACCACGCUGAUCUCACCGGCCUGCAGGCGUUGUAUCUCGCCCAGCCGCGCGCGGAUUAUCUGAAGGGGCUGAUGGUGAGCGUGAAUUGGGAUUUGGAGGUUAUGGAGGCGCAUAAGGAGGAGAUUGUCGAGGGGAAAUUGUUGAGACAUACUUGGAUUGCGAGUUUGCCGUUUUAUGGGGGGAGUGGGCUGGGUGCUUAG